CACUCGGUGCACACCAACAUGUGCCUGGACGCCGACCCGACGGACGCGACGCACAAGGCGCAGAUGUGGACGUGUUUCCCCAACAACGACAACCAGUGCUGGAAGCUCGUCGCGAUGUAA